AUGGAAGGACUUACUGAUCAGCUCAACUAUUUGUUCCUUCAAGGAAACGAGAUAGAGACAAUAGGUGAUGGUAUUUUCAAAAAAUUUAAACAUCUCGAAAGAUGCUAUAUGGACAACAAUAAGCUGACAUCUGUACCAGAUCUGACAGGUCCUUACUCUAUUAAUCUACUAAAACUACAGCACAAUCGAAUCACAGAUUUAUCGAGAACUGUUACAUCUGGAAUUGGACAAAUGUACGAACUAUUGUUGGACAACAAUAAAAUUGAUCACCUUCCACCAAACAUGUUUCAGGAUACAAACGUGAGCGGAAACAUUGAUUUGUCGUUCAACAAGUUGCAGUCAUUACCUGAUAACGUGUUUGCUAAACUCAAUCAAUUAAACAUUCUGAUGCUAACCUUCAACAGGAUCACUCACAUUAAUGAACACACAUUCAAUGACUUUCCGUGUAUCAUUACAAGUUACACGAUAAGAUACGAGCUUCUUCGGCUCCUUCACAGUAAUGCAAUUAAAACUAUUGAAAGCAAGGCUUUUGACGGACUUUUACUGGAGCAGUUAACCAUCUUUGAUAAUCCUUUCAGCUCAUUACCAGAUGGAAUAUUCGACAAAAUGUCAAACCGUACCAAAGUGUCAUUGACGUGUAAAAGUCUUCGUCAGCUGCCUCGGGGAAAAUAUUUGUCACAAAUUGAGUGUGCUCCCUCGACAUCUUUGUACGUCAUUUUGGACAACGACCUAAGUUACUUCGGAUUUAGUUUUUCACGCUCAGGUUUUGUUUGCCACGACUGUGCAACCUAUAAAAAACAAAGUUUUCCAACUAAGUGUAAAAACUGCAGUCUCUGUCCAGUUGGUACCUAUAUGUAUACUGAUGAAAACCGCUGUCUAGAGUGUCCUGCAGGUGGCUUUUAUCAGGAUGAAAUGGGACAAGUUGAAUAUAAAAAAUGCAGUAAUGGUACAUUUGUUUCUGAACAGCGAAGCCCUGGAACCAAAGCUGCCGACUGCGUGGCUUGUCCAUAUGGUACGAUCUCCAACGAGACUGCUGAAUAUCGUGCAUGCAGAUGCCUACACAACUUCUAUCGGUUGGAUCGUUUUGGCCCGUGCACAGCAUGUCCGCCCAACGGUUUUGUUUGUGAGAAAGAUACAGCAAUACUUGCUCCUAACUACUUCUGGAAAUGGACAGACCAGUCUGAAAAAGAACGUUUCAAGGGUUUUGUUAACAAUAUUCAUUCUUUUGGACCACACUACAACAAGUCAUAUUCCACGUUCUAUACUUCACUUCCGAAGCCACUCAAAUGUCCCCAUGCAAAGUCCUGCAAGGGUGGAAUUGAUUCAGAAUGCCAUAAAGGAUAUCAAGGGACUUUGUGUGCAACCUGUUCUGGAGACUUCUAUUUUCGCUUCAACUCUUGUUUGAAAUGUCCCCGGUUACCUGUAACAAUAACCUCAUCCAUUUUGGUAAUUACUCUUUUUGUUGCUGUGUUUCUAAUAGUUAUGUGGGGUGACUCCAAAUGUGCAGAGAACGACCGGACAGUUGCAGAUGUCGUCAUGUCGUGCUUUAAGAUUGUGAUUGGUUUUUACCAAGUCAUCGCUGGUAUUUUCUCGGCAUUGGCGAAAGUCCAGUGGCCAGUAAUUUUGAUCUCAACGGAGAAGGUUCUAAAAGUAUUUGAAGGGAACAUCUUGCAGUUUGCCCCUCUUAGUUGCAUUCAGCCUUCCCUACGGCUUGAUGAGCUUGGAAAGUUCACGAUGAUUGUUGUCAUGAAUGUCUCACUCGUUGGCUUGAUUUUCUUGUAUCUAUUUCUUAAAAAACACUACAUCAUGAAUAAGGAGGACCUUUGCGAAGACCAGAAAGUAAUGGAAGUUAAGAGUUUGAAGAAAUCUUGCUAUCGGAACAUUUUCCUAUUAUUGUUGACGACCUACCCCACGACGAGCAAAUCGAUUAUUCAGAUUCUACCUCUUCCUGGUGCAUGCGUAGAGACUUGUUUCACAGACGAUAAGAGCGACUGCAUCUUCUUUCUGAGAGCUGACCACUCAAUCCAGUGUUUCACUCCUCGCCACAGCAUCUAUUGGCUCAUGGCUUCUAUUUUGGCAUUAUAUCCCUUGGGGUUUCCACUUCUGGUUCUGUUUCUCACUUACAAGUAUCGCGAUUCCCAGGAAAAUGAAGCAAUUUCCUUCGGACUCGGAGUGUUCUUUGAAAACUAUAAGAAGAAAUUUUGGUUUUGGGAAAUCACAGAGAUGUAUCGCAAGCUGAUUCUAGUCUCGUUGAUUUUUCUUUUUGGAUCAAACAGCCUCUCUCAAAUUGGUCUUACAAUUCUGAUAGUUAGUAUCUUUGGAGUUAUCUACACCUUAUUCCGACCGAUCAAGAAUAAGUUUGAAGACUGCUUGCAAACUUUUGUUCUUUGGAUCAUUUUCUUUGACGUUUGUCUUGGCGCAGUUUACACAAACUGGGAUGAGAGUCGAGGAGAGGACAAGAACGACUCCAUCUUUGUAAAUGUCCUGUUCGUGGUCCUUAACGUCUCUGUUUUUUUGCUUGCUAUUGGAAAAGGAAUUCUACACGUGAAAUCAAUUUGGAAGUACAUUUCCUUGAACCCGAUCCGAUGUUUCAUUUUCUUUCGCCAAGGAGUAUCACGUCUUAAAAAUAGAGUGGUCAAAAGAACAGGAACAUCUGAUGAACUUUCAUACUUCAUUGAAGAAAGCAACUGAAGAACUUUAACGAAAUAUUUGUCU